ACAAAACCCUCUUCAUCUCCGUUGUGUUUCAGUUGCAACUCGCGCCCUUUGUUGCUUCUGCCCUGCAAUGGAGGCUCUGGGUUUUUCUCCUUCACACGCGCAGCUGCUGCGUUCGAAUCGCGUGAAUUCUAUCUUCACAUCUUCCAUUAGGAUCUCAUCAAUAGAGGAGAAGCCCCAGAAGAAGAAGAAGAAAUCAUUCGUCGCUGCUACAUUCGUGAAGGGAACGCCGCCUCAGGUCUCUCAGACAGCCUCGUCUGUUAUCUCUACCGAGAAAACGAUUCAGAGCUCUUCUUCUUCAACUUCUCCCCUGAAGAAGUACCUUCCCGAGUCUUUGCAAUAUGAAAGCGGCAAACUUGGUGGGGUACCGGACGGGAUGGUGGCCACUGACAAUGAUGGGUCUCCCAGUGCUCCUCAUUACUUGAUCGAUAUACUUUCUUCCAAAGUUUACGACGUCGCUAUCGAGUCGCCGUUGCAGUAUGCAACGAAGCUGUCAGAGAGGAUUGGCGUCAAAGUUUGGCUUAAGAGGGAGGAUUUACAGUCUGUUUUCUCAUUUAAGCUGCGAGGAGCCUAUAACAUGAUGGCCAAACUUUCGAAGGAGCAGUUGGCCAAGGGAGUCAUUUGCUCAUCUGCUGGUAACCAUGCCCAAGGGGUUGCAUUGUCUGCCAAGCGGUUGGGUUGUGAUGCCGUGAUUGCUAUGCCUGUUACCACCCCAGAAAUUAAGUGGAAGUCAGUUCAGAAAUUAGGUGCAACCGUUGUUCUUAAAGGGGACACCUAUGAUGAAGCACAAGCAUAUGCCAAAAAACGCGGUGAAGAGGAGGGUCGCACCUUCAUACCUCCAUUUGAUCAUCCGGAUGUUAUUGUUGGGCAGGGAACAAUUGGGAUGGAGAUUGUGCGUCAAAUGCAAGGCCCACUGCAUGCCAUCUUUGUGCCUGUGGGUGGUGGGGGGCUGAUAGCUGGAAUCGCCUCAUAUGUAAAGGCUGUUCGUCCAGAGGUGAAGAUUAUUGGGGUGGAGCCCUCUGAUGCAAAUGCUAUGGCACUGUCGUUACAUCAUGGGGAGAGAAUCAUGUUGGAGCAGGUUGGAGGUUUUGCAGAUGGUGUGGCUGUGAAGGUGGUUGGUGAAGAAACAUUUCGCUUGUGCAGGGAGUUGGUUGAUGGAGUGGUUCUUGUGAGUCGUGAUGCUAUCUGUGCGUCAAUAAAGGACAUGUUUGAAGAGAAGAGAAACAUUCUGGAACCAGCGGGGGCUCUUGCAUUAGCAGGAGCAGAAGCAUAUUGUAAAUACUAUGGCCUCAGGGAUCAAAGUGUGGUAGCAAUAACCAGUGGGGCAAAUAUGAAUUUUGAUAGAUUAAGAUUGGUCACUGAGCUUGCCGAUGUUGGUAGGCAACGGGAGGCUGUCCUUGCAACUUUUAUGCCUGAGGAGCCUGGAAGCUUUAAACAAUUUUGUAAACUGGUGGGACAAAUAAAUAUUACAGAGUUCAAAUACAGAUUUGAUGCUUCUAGAAAAGAUGCUCUUGUUUUGUACAGUGUUGGUCUGCAUACUGCUUCUGAGCUCAGAGAGAUGAUGGAUCGCAUGGAUUCUUCCCAACUUCAGACUAUUAAUCUCACAAAUGAUGAUUUGGUUAAAGACCAUCUACGGCACUUGAUGGGUGGCAGAUCAAAUCUCAAAAAUGAGCUUCUUUGUCGGUUUAUCUUCCCAGAGAAGCCAGGUGCUCUGAUGAAAUUCUUGGACACCUUUAGCCCACGUUGGAACAUUAGCUUGUUCCAUUACCGAGGACAGGGUGCAACUGGUGCUAAUGUAUUGGUUGGUAUCCAAGUCCCAAGUGCUGAGAUUGAUAAGUUUAAGGAUCGUGCCAACAGUUUAGGAUAUGAUUACGUGAUUGAGACAAAUAACAAGGCCUUCCAACUUUUGAUGCAUUGAGUGAGUAGUUACCACCUAAAAUUCUAGAUAGAUAUCUCAGUAUGGUUGGUGCUGCUUUCUUUCCUCCCACUUUGCUAGGCUUGAUGGAGUCUUGGAGAAAAAUCAAUGGGUCUACGAAGUAUUUUUGCAGUGGAGAGAUGGGAGGCAUGUUUUUUGCCUCCAAACUUCUUUUAUGUAAUUAAUCUGAUCAAGGUUUCAAGUAUUAUGAUAUUAUGCUGAAAUGACAAUGAUGUUGUAACAAAAUUCGGCCAGGAUCAGGCUGUAUUGGUCAAACUUUAUCUGAUUGGCAGAGCCCAAUUUGAUC